GACCUGCACUAAUUAGGCUAGUUUCACGCUCUUCCCGUUCAACGCUAAAGAUACACAGGGCAAAACAUCAGUAGCUUUAGCUUAGGGUAUUGUGAAGACCAAUGAAGGAAUAAUUAGUUACCUACUGAAGCUCAGUUAUCCGUUUUAUUUCCAUUGUAUCAAUCGGCAGUGCAUCGGUUACUGUAGUUGUCUAUCGAAACUACAUACAUGGAACGUUAAAGCUUUUUUUAUAUAUAUCCCUGUCAAGUAGGAAGUGAGCACAACAGCAUGGUAAACAUUGCAAGAAGGCUAACGUUAGCUUCUUAAGCCACCAAACCAUAAUUUGUAUUCAGUCAUGGCAUCUGAAUUUACUAUAGACAUCCAGCUUACGGAGUUGGGUUUUCACCAUCUUCCUGUAUUCGAUGAGGAGUUACCCAUAAAAGAGACAUCCCAAAUCAAUUCUUCAAGCAGCCCACCAAACGUUCCAGGACCUUCAAAAUCACCUCCUCCAGUAACAAACUCACCUGUGGACCAACGUCUGCUUGGUCUGGUUCAAGAUAAUGUUCAUACUCUUCCCAAAAGUUUGCCGGUUACUGUGCGGGCUGUGAACUCGCCCUCAUCUCAAUCCACCCAUGACAUGGUAGAGAAUAUCCAUCCCCAGUCUCCCCAUCACCUAGCAGUCAUCGAAAAAGACAUUUGUCCUGAAAAGGCGGCUUCCUCCGAUUUGAACCCUAAAACGAAGCCUGUUGUUACCACAAAACAAACACAGGCUGUAGGAGAAAAAAACGAUGAUGGCAAAACGGUUACCACCGAAAACAGAUCGUUUGUUGGCCGCCGUAGAAGAGAAGAGCAAAGCAAUCCAGAAAAGAAGGCCAGUGCCCAGAAGGGUGCGCUCCAGAUAGAUGAGGCGAUCUCCCAGAGUGACUCAAAUGGCAGUCAGGAAAACCCUGCGUUAGAAGAAAGUGAUGACAGUGAGGUUUCAGAACAGGAGGAGGAAGAAGAUGAGGAGGAGGAAGAUGAGGAUGAUGAUAACUUGUUAUUUGCUCCAGACGCGGCGGGAGAGCACCAUUGCAGUGUGUGCCAUCAGGCUUUCAUCAACGGCUUCCUCCUCCGGGAACACAUGCACCAGCACACAGGCGUGCGUCCCUACCGCUGCGCCGAGUGCGACAAGCAGUUCUGCCACCUGGCCAACUACCGCGCCCACCUGCGCACCCAUGCCCAGGCCGUGCCCAUCCGCUGUCGCGUGUGUCAGGCCAGCUUCGAGUCUGAGGAGCGCCUCGACCUCCACCUGAAGACCACGCACUUCGAGACGGAGUUCUACCAGUGCGACUACUGCAAGCGCAUCUUCACGUGCUUGACAGAGUGCCGGAUGCACGUGCAGAAGCACAAGAACGAGGCCAGCAAGCCGCAUUGUCCCCAGUGCAACCAACGCUUCACGACGGCGAAGAGCCUGCGGCGCCACAUGCAGAAGCAUUCCUGCCAGCGUUCCUUCCUGUGCUCCGACUGCGGCCAGUGCUUCCGCAAGAAGAAUCUGCUGCUGCGCCACAGCUUCUCGCACCUGGGCCUGCUGCCGUACACGUGCACACACUGCAAGACCCACUUCCGGCUGGCCAGCCUCUAUCACAAGCACCAGUGCAAGCCAGAGACCAUCCAGUGCGUGGCUUGCCUGUCCACGUUCACUAGCCGCGGGGACUUCGAGGAGCACAAGAAAGCGACCGGUUGCUGGGGCUACCAGGGAGGCCAGGGCACACAGCUGCUGCGUCAUACGACGCGAUCGCAACAGGAUGAGAUUCGCUGCAUGGAAUGCGGCCAGACGUUCGUCACCGCCGAGGAGCUGAAGAAGCACGCCGGCUCCCACCAGAGGGUGCUCAAGUGCGCCGAGUGCGGCAUGGGCUUCCGCUCCUCGCUGAUGCUCAUGUCACACAUGGGGGGUCACGCGGGGCAGCGGCCCUGUCUCUGCCAGCAGUGCGGCCUGGGGUUUCCGCAUCAGCAAGGCUAUGACCUCCACCUCAAAGACUGCGGAGUCACACUGCCUCCGAAGGUGGCGAUGAAGAAGACAAAGCCUGUUCAAAACAAAACCGUGAAGCCACAACAUGCCGUUGUACCUCAAACGACAGCACCCACUUUACCCCAAAAUAAAGCGCAGGAAGUGAGCAUUACGAAUAGGGCACAGACACCCACUUCACCCCAAAAUAAAGCGCAGGAAGUGAGCAUUACGAAUAGGGCACAGACACCCACUUUACCCCAAAACAAAGCGCCGGAAGUGAGCACUACAAAUAGGACACAGGCACAUCCACCUGGGCCCACAGUUCCCGAUCAGCCUGCAGAAGGUGUGUGGAAGCUCAGUCUGGACAAGGCACCUCCACCUAAUACACCUCUGGUAGUGCUGCUACCCUUCAAUGCUACUAUUCCCUCAAAUCUGUCCGUCAGCACAGCUGAACCCCAAACUCAGGUUCUUACAGAAGAAAACAACGGUGCUCCUUUGGUUAAGCCACGUCUAAUCCAAGAAAGUGAUGCAAAUAGGGUUCCAGAUCCUGUGCUGUAUGCUGCUGUUGCGGACAAUACUGAGUCUCCACAGCCAUUUGAGCAGCAACAACUGAAUACACUAUCUCAACCUGGCCUUACCACUCCUGUGAUCAAGAUAGAGCCCGCAGACCCAAGUUACUCGGAAAAGUGCAUGUUGUCAAGUUUUGGUAAUAUGUGUGAUGUUCCAGAUAUAGUCCAAGUCAAAAAAGAGGAGAGUGGACAGGAAAAAAAUGAAUUUAGAUUUUGUGAAGCGAAGUUGUCAACAGCUCCUCUGAAAACCGAGACUAAGGAGGAGCUAAAGGAGGAAUUGAAAUCAUCCGAUUUAGAGACACAAAUACACGCGGAAGAUUUGAGUUUACCAAAUGUAAUAAAGGAGUCCGGUGAACAUCUGGAACGAUCAAAUCCAUUAAUAUCAGGUGUGAGAAGCGGCAGUAGUGUAACCCUGGAGCAGUCAGAUAUAUUGAUCACAGAUGUAAAAACUGACAUUGGGGAACAUUUGGAGCAAUCAAAUCUGUUGAUCUCUGAUGUUAGAAGUGAAAGCAAUAUUGUUUCAGAGGGUGUCAAGAAGACAGUGGAGCAGACACAACAGCGUGAGACAGAAACAUGUUCUCAGGUCCCUGGUCACCUUGAGAUUCCAUUGGACCUUAGGUUGAAUGUAAAGCACUCUGAUAAAUGCCCUGAAGCACUGAGUCAGGAAAAUACGGUGAGCGGAGUUGUGGGAGAAACGGAUGCACGGGAUCACCAUCACCAUGAAUCGGAAGCAAAUAAGAAAGUGGCUGAAGACUCUUAUAGCGCCACUGUGGAAGUAGACCUUAGAGAUGAACAGAGAAAUGAGCUGGGAGAGUUGGAAGGGGAACCGCACGAGUGUGUGACCUGCGGAUGGAUUAUUCUAGAUGGUGAUCUGGUCCAGCAUUACAUGGAGCACGCUAUGCAAGCCGACCACGACGUCACCAAACAGCCCUCCAGCUCUCGACCUCCCUCUGUGUCUUCAUCUUCCUCCUCCUUCUCCCCUUCCUCUUCAGGGUUCACCUCCCCCAAUAUAACCCCUCCAGCCAGCCCACCCAGCAAGAGGUUACGAUCUCGUGCUAAAUAGUGUCACUUGAGGCUGAGGACUGAUUGCUGGUUCAACAUAUUUAGGUGGGGGAAAAAUUCACAGAAGUGCUGGAUUCAUUCUCUUAAGAUGGAAAAUUUCUUAACAUUCCAUAGACUCUAUUUUCGGGUUGGGGAGGAUCCUAAAAAAACAUAGUUGUCAUGAUUGCUCUGUUACGGUUGCUCUGUCACCUUAAAAGAACAGGGAUGUUUGUAAAAAGUAAAUAAGGUAAAUUAUUCAUCUGAAUGAGUAGGCCCUGUGAAGUUCUUCCAGAUGUAACAUUAGUAGGCCAAGUGUAUGUUCCGUGUAUAGUUGUUUCAGAAGAGAUGAAGAAUUAUUCAAAUAAUAUUUAUAUCAAACUUGUAGAUAAUACAUUUUCAUACCUGUUUUUACCUUUUGUAGUAAGUUGGCAAUCAAUAAGAACAAUGGCAGGAAAAUAUUCUCAUGCUAUAUGGGUUGGUGAUGAAUGACAUAGUUUAUGAUUUGGCAUCAUUAGACAUUUGUAAUUUUGGGAGAUGGUAUAAAUAAACAAACAAUGAAAUAA